AUGGCGGCUGCGGGCGGCGGGAGCCCGAGCUGCAGCCAGCCGCUCCAGGACCCGCCGAGGCGGCCGCCGCGGGACGGCCGCGGCGUCUACGUGUACCCGAACCCCUUCUUCCGCUACGACGGCGAGUGGAGGGGAGGAAGGACGCACGGCCAGGGCAAGCUGCUGUUUAAAGACGGGAGUUACUACGAAGGCGAGUUUGUGGACGGGGAGAUCACGGGGGAAGGCUGCCGGUUCUGGGCCUCAUCAGGGGACACCUACUCUGGACAGUUUGUCCUGGGAGAGCCUCAAGGAUACGGCCUCAUGAAGUACAAAGCUGGCGGACAUUAUGAAGGGGAGCUCUCCCACGGCCUGAGAGAAGGACACGGGCACCUGGUGGACCAGGAUGGACAGGCCUACUGGGGGUCGUUCCAUAACAACAAGCGGCACGGCCAGGGGCACAUGGUCUUCCGGAACGGUGACAAGUACGAAGGCAACUGGGUCCGGGACCAGCGUCAGGGGCACGGGGUGCUAUUCCGUGCUGACGGCUCCACCUACGAGGGACAGUGGCACGGCGACGUCUUCAGCGGCCUGGGCCAGCUGACCCACUGCUCCGGGGCCGUCUACCACGGGAUGUGGAUCAGUGGCCACCCGGUGGCACAAGCCAAGAAGAUUGUGAUUCUGGGUCCGGAGGUGAUGGACGUGGCUCAGGGCUCUUCCUUUACCGUGAGCGCUCAGCUGCAGCAGGACAAUGGGGAAGUGGCCGAGGGCGAGGACGGCCGGGUUUUGAAGAUCUCAGCCGGCGUCCGGUAUGUGCAGCUCCCGGCCUACUCAGAGGUCAGCUUCUUCAAUGUGGACAAGGACGACCAAGGGACACCCAUCCAGACCCCAUUCGGGUUUGACUGCAUGGCCUAUCCUCUGUGGAGUCCCAAGUCUGGGGGCCAAGAGCCCAGAGCUGCGCUGGAAAGUACCGGAGACCCGCGGCUCCCCACCGGAGACCUGAAGCUGUGUCUUUCUGCUCUCCACUUCCCAGGAGAAACCUCUUCUCCCGCUUCCUGGGGACGCGAACCCCACUGCCCUGAGGACUGCCGACGCGUGGAACAAGGUUGCGCCCAAUUCUCGGACGUCCGCCUUGGGCCCCCACCUCCCGGGUACAGCCCUGUCCUCUUCCUCGACAACCUCCGUGAGGAGACAGACAGCAGGUCCAGAGGCGGCCUGGGCCCUGGCAGGAUGACGCCCAACGGGCAGGACCCUCCAGGAGGCAGCAGGCCUGACGGGGCGGCCUCAGCCGAGCCAGCGGCAGCUGCCUUCCCAGGGGAGUAUGUCAUCAUGAUCUGUGACGUGACCAACCCUCCCUUCCUGGGCCACACGCUGCCCACCGCCUUCAAACACCUGCGGGUCUUGGGGAAGGGGAUGGACCAACGGCCCCACGUGGCUGGAGAAGGCCCCGACACCCAAGCUCGGACAGCCGCCCCGUGCACCUGACAGCCCCCAGGGUCCCUCUCGGGAGACCAUCUUCACUGUGAGGGGAAGGAAGAGCCAUGUC